GUUUUCGGUGUUGCCAGACAGUCUAAUUUUAAGAUUUCGGUUUUAUGAAUUUGCUGCCAUAUGGCAGCACCGUGUUACCGAAAACGUUUGGUUGCAAUCGAAAAUAUAAACAAUACUAAGAAUUCAUGCAAUUAAAUAAACAUGGGCCCACCUAUCAAGCGCUAUAGACGUAACUCAAAAUCAUCAGAUGAAGAAGAAAAGGAGGACAAUUAUGUGCCCUACAUACCAGUUAAAGAGCGGAAGAAGCAACAUUUGAUGAAGCUGGGCCGCAUUGUUCAGCUGGCAACGGAGACAACGCAGCCAAAAUCUUCUAGUGAAAAUGAAAACGAAGAUGACACACAAGGCGCCCAGGAUGCAGAGACUUGGGGCCGCAAAUACAACAUCAGCUUGCUGGAUCAGCAUACAGAGCUUAAGAAAAUUGCUGAGGCAAAAAAGUUGAGCGCCGUAGAAAAACAGCUUCGCGAGGAGGAAAAGAUCAUGGAGAGCAUUGCGCAGCAGAAGGCACUGAUGGGUGUUGCAGAGUUGGCUAAGGGUAUCCAGUAUGAGGAACCAAUUAAGACCUCAUGGCGACCGCCACGCUUCAUAGAAGCUAUGCCGGAAUCUGAGCGGCAGGCAAUACGCAAGCAGCUGAGAAUCUUGGUCGAAGGCGAAAAUGUUAGUCCACCCAUUCGCAGUUUUCGCGAGAUGAAAUUUCACAAGGCCAUUCUGAAUGGACUAGCCGCUAAGGGGAUAAAGAAGCCAACACCCAUUCAAAUACAGGGUCUGCCAACGGUACUUGCUGGUCGCGAUUUGAUUGGCAUUGCCUUUACAGGUUCCGGCAAAACAUUGGUAUUUGUGUUGCCCAUUGUAAUGUUUGCACUAGAACAGGAAUUCCGUCUGCCGUUCGAACGAAACGAGGGUCCGUAUGGCCUCAUCAUAUGUCCGUCCCGUGAGCUGGCCAAGCAGACCCAUGAAAUCAUUCAGCACUACAGUAAGCAUCUGCAGAUGUGCGGCAUGCCCGAGAUUCGCUCCUGCUUGGCUAUGGGCGGUCUGCCUGUAAGCGAAGCGCUAGAUGUGAUAUCCCGUGGAGUGCACAUUGUGGUUGCCACUCCUGGACGACUCAUGGACAUGCUGGACAAGAAGAUAUUAACGUUGGACAUGUGCCGGUAUCUUUGCAUGGACGAGGCGGAUCGCAUGAUUGACAUGGGCUUCGAGGAGGAUGUGCGCACCAUAUUCUCUUUCUUCAAGGGUCAGCGACAGACGCUGCUCUUCUCUGCCACAAUGCCCAAGAAGAUUCAGAACUUUGCUCGUUCCGCGCUUGUCAAACCGGUGACUAUUAAUGUGGGACGUGCCGGUGCCGCCUCCAUGAAUGUUACCCAGGAAGUGGAGUAUGUGAAGCAGGAGGCCAAGGUGGUCUACCUGCUGGACUGCCUGCAAAAGACCGCACCUCCAGUACUUAUUUUUGCCGAAAAGAAACAAGACGUGGACACUAUACACGAAUAUCUACUGCUCAAGGGCGUCGAGGCUGUGGCCAUACACGGUGGCAAGGAUCAGGAGGAGCGUUCACGUGCGGUCGAUGCAUACCGUGUGGGUAAAAAGGAUGUCCUUGUUGCCACCGACGUGGCCUCCAAAGGUCUAGAUUUUCCCAAUGUACAGCAUGUGAUUAAUUACGAUAUGCCUGACGAUAUUGAGAACUAUGUGCAUCGCAUUGGACGAACGGGUCGUUCGAAUACCAAGGGAUUGGCCACAACACUGAUAAACAAGAUAACAGAGCAAUCUGUUCUACUAGAUUUAAAACACCUUCUCAUCGAAGCUAAGCAGGAGGUACCCGACUUUCUUGACGAACUGGCGCCCGAGGCGGAGCAUCAGCAUUUGGAUCUGGGCGACUCACAUGGCUGCAGCUACUGCGGUGGUCUCGGCCAUCGUAUUACUGAAUGCCCCAAAUUGGAGGCGGUGCAAAGCAAACAAGCCUCUAAUAUUGGCAGACGCGAUUAUUUGUCCAACACGGCUGCCGAUUACUAAAUACAGUCCAUAUAUAACACAAAAAUAUAAAAAAUAUAAUCUAAAUGGUAUGGUAAGAAAGAAAGGGGGGAAAGAAAAAAU